ACUCCUUCAACAGAGACAUCUACGACAUCAGGAGUGACGUCAAGUCAGUCAACCUCAUCCACUGCAAUACCAGUUUCCAAUAGUGAAACAACUACUGAGAGUACCCCCAUAACAUCACAACAAUCAAUUUCUACAAGUCAGUCAUCAACGGAAACUUCCACUCCUUCAACAGGGACAUCUACAACAUCAGCAGUAACAUCAAGUCAGUCAUCAUCAGCCAGUACAACACCAAUUUCCACUAGUGAGACAACUACUGAAAGUUCUCCCACAACAUCAGUACAAUCAACUUCCACAAUUCAGUCAUCAACGGAAACUUUCAAUCCUUCAACAGGGACAUCUACGACAUUAGCAGUAACAUCAAGUCAGUCAACAUCAGCCACUACAACACCAGUUUCCCCUAGUGAGUCAAGCACUGAAAGUUCUCCCACAACAUCAAUACAAUCAACUUCCACAAGUCAGUCAUCAACGGAAACUUCCACUCCUUCAACAGGGACAUCUACGACAUCAGCAGGGAUAUCAAGUCAGUCAACAUCAGCCACUACAAUACCAGUUUCCACUAGUGAGACAACUACUCACAGUUCUCCCACAACUUCACAACAAUCAACUUCAACAAGUCAGUCAUCAACCGAAACUUCCACUCCUUCAACAGGGACAUCUAUGACAUUAGCAGUAUCAUCAAGUCAGUCAUCAUCAGCCACUACAACACCAGUUUCCAGUAGUGAAACAACUACUGAAAGUUCUCCCACAACAUCAAAACAAUCAACUUCAACAAGUCAGUCAUCAACGGAAACUUCGACUCCUUUAACAGAGACAUCUACGACAUCAGCAGUAACAUCAAGUCAGUCAACAUCAGCCACAACAACACCAUUUUCCACUAGUGAGACAACUACUGAGAGUACCCCCACAACAUCACUACAAUCCACUUCCACAACUCAGUCAUCAGCGGAAACUUCCACUCCUUCAACAGAAACAGCUACGACAUCAGCAAUAUCACCAAGUUCGUCAACAUCAGUCACUACAACACCAGUUCCCACUUUUGAGUCAAUUUCUGAGACUACCACCGUAACAUCACUGCAAAUAACUUCCACAAGUCAGGGAACAAUGGCAACUUCUAUUCCUUCAUCAGUGACAUCUAUGGCAUCAGCAGUAUCGUUAAGUCAGUCAACAUCAUCCUCUCUCGUUCCAAGAGCUCAGUCAACUAUUGAAAGUACCACCGCAACAACACUAGAAUCAACUGUCACAAGUCUAUCAGCAAUAGAAACUGUCUUUCCUUCAACAGUGACAUCUGCGACAAUAGCAGUAUCAUCAAGUUUGUCAGCAUCAGCCGCUUUAACAACACCAUUUCCCAAUUCCCAGCCAACUACUGAAAGUAUUGCCAUAGCAACACUACAGUCAACCACAUUUGGAACUUACACAAGUCAGGCAAUUACUGAAACUUCUACUGUUUCAAUAGUCACAUUUUUGUCAUCUACAGUAUCAUCAAGUCUGUCAAUAUCAGAAUCUAUGACAACACCAUUUCCCACUGGUCAGUCAACUACCGAUAGUACCACCACAACAACACUACAAUCAACCACGUUAGGAACUUUCCCAAGUCAACCAAUUUUUGACACUUCCACUCCUUCAACAGUCAUAUCUACGAUAUCAACAUUAUCAAGUCCUUCAGCAUCACCCUCUAUGACAACACCAGCUCCCACUAAUCAGUUAACUACUGGAAGCUCCUCCAUUCCCAUUCUAUACCCAAUUUCUACAAUUCAGUUAACAUUGGAAACUUCCGGUCCUUCAACAUCUGCAUCUUCAACAUCAACAAUAGCAAGUCUGUCAACAUCAGCCUUUAUGAGUUCUACUAAUCAGUCAACUACUGAAAGUACCCCCUCAACAACACCACAAUCAACUUCCACAAGAUCUGCACAGAACUCAUCAUUUUCAAGUACUGAACGUCCGAGUUCUGGGUUAACAGUCUCACUAACUGGGACGGCAGCAUCAGCUUCUACAUUUUCUAUGAAUGCAUCUUCAUUUUCUCCUCUGUUUUCAAGCACCAUUUCUUCUGGAAAAGCCCAGCCUGCUGUUGUAAUUCUUCAUGUCUCAGCUCUAACUUCAGAAGCUCUGAGUACUGAAGUACAGAUGAUCAUCUUACAGAAGAUUCAAGAAUGGGUGACUAGUGUAAGCCCCUCAGCUGUGGUUUCCAUUAACUCAGUUUCACCAGCCUGAAAAAAAUCAAACAAGACUCUAGGAACAACAACAACAGCAGCAAAAAUAUUACUUCCUUUUCAAUUUAAGAACACAGUUCAUGCAUAAAGAAUGGAGUAUGAAGACCUGCACUGGUUCUUUGCCCCAGAGGAACCUCCCACACAACCCUGAAGGGUCACUUUGUCUAUGCUGUGUGAUGUGAUGUUUGUGCAAAUCAACUGAAGUAGGCAUCACAAUGAACUACAGUACAAAACAUGAAGCUCUUAGAAAUCAGAUAUUGUUUUUAAGAUAAUUGUUUUAUUUUUUUGGUGUUAUCUGUAUUUCUUACCCUCACAUUAACUUAUAGGGGUCAUUGUAGGAGAGCUAAUCAAUGCAAGAAAAGCCAGUACUGUCCAAAUUAUAAUUAUUCUAAACAUUUCUGUACCUUGUUUACAGUAAAACUUUAAUUAUGUGAUUUUUUGAUAAGUUGGACAUGAAAAUUUGUUAUUAUGUUGAUCAAUGCUGCUUACAAUGCAUAGAAGCAAAUUCUGAAAACGUAUGAUUGUGGUUUCUUUUUCUUUUUAUCAACAUCUUUUGUAAACUUUCCUAUUCAUAUUUUGGCAUACAUAUUUGAUAUACUUUGUGUAUAAUACAUAUAUAUUUAUUAAUCUGUAUAUGGUGUAUCUCUGAUCAUAUAUGAAACACAGUCCAAUGGUACAGGGGUGACAGUGUCUAUCAAGAUGACACUGGAGGAAAGGUAAAAUUCAACCCUAAAUAGAGUGCCAGUUCAUCAUAAGACCUGGUCAUGCGUAUUCCCAUGAGGUGUGUGAUGGAUGGUGGCUGGUGCCACUACCCAGCUUGGAUGCAUCCAUAAUAGAAGGACAGGUGGAGAUGACUUAUGAAGGGCACUAUCUCCUCCGAACUGCUACUUGACAGCCCCCUGGGUUGCAAUGGUGCCUCAGAUUCCCACAGGGCUGUAUGGAAAUUACUGUUUUUUGGCACAGCCCUGUUGGGUUCCAUAGAUGUCACUGGGGGAGCAGUGAGAGCUGCAGAGUCCUGACUUGGGCUAAUACAACACCUGGGAGUAAUUCCAGACCUCCCUAAUGAGUCACCUGGAAUGUUCCCAUGUGUGGCUUAAAAGGAACCAGCUGCCUCACAGAGACAAGCUGGAGUCGAGGACAACCCUUGCAAGGAGGAGGAGGUGACCUGAAGGAGAGAGAGAGAGAGACAAGGGGAAGAAACAAACUGUAUAUUGGUGCCUUAUUCUUGUGUACUGUUUGUACUGGUCUGCAGUGGGGAGCAAGGGAAAGUACUUCCUGAUGGAAAUAAAAGUCUAUGUUGCAGAGA